GAUCAGAUCGGCCAGCAGAUCAGCUCAUGUCGUCAUGUACACGUAUCAUCGAUAUCGGUCUUCAAUCGUCGCUGGUGGCUGUGGCAGUAAGCAACGCUUCCCAAUCGAUCUUCACACACACACACACACACACACAGAAGUAUACACAGCCCGCCAGGCAGCCAGCCCUCUGCCUGUGCCUGUGCCAGCUCACCAAUGCCUCAGAGGCCUCCAGAUACUCAUCUCCUGCCACCACACACAUGGCAUUACACGUGCCACCCCUCCCCUACCAGCAAUAUACACACCUGUCAUGCGUGUGCAUUGCCUCGCGCCGCUGACCAGCCCCUCGCCAUACGUCCGGCCCACAUCUGACGCCUGCACACACACACGCACAGCGCUCUCUCUCUCUCUCUCUCUCUGACUCUCUGUCUGUCGGGGUGUGUGUGUGUGUGUGUGUGUGAGCUGUACCUUGAGAGAGCACUCGGCAGUGUCGGGCGAGUAGGUGAAGAAUUUGCACCGAGCCUCCCGCUGGCACUCUGUCUGGCACUCCUCUGCAGAGGCCACACCGUCCAGCGGCUUAGAUAGGAUCUGCACACACACACACACAGGCGCGCACACAGACACACAGACACACACACACACACUCACACACACAGAGUGUGCUGAUGUGUGUGUGUGUGUGUGGCGGCCGUACGUCGAGUCUCUCGAGGUUGACGUCGUAUUCGAAGCACCCAAUGGACACGUCAGCCACAUCCCUGACAGACAGACAGAAGCAAGGAGAGCGGCCUCUGCGUGUGUGUGGGCAGCGGGGUAUGUGGCCGCUCACUUGUCGUCAUCUGCAUCACCAUACGUGUCAUCGUCAGCAAUGGUCACAGAUCGACCUGCACACACAAACGCAACGGACACACACACACACACACACACGCGGACGGACAGACACGGAUGCACGCCGCGCCGUCAUGCGCGCGCGUGUGUUUGUGUGUCUCCGUACGCUUUUUCUUCUUGCGUGUGACCUCCAUGACUCGGCUGGGCGUCCCCCUCUUGUCGCCUCUCAGGAGGGGAAUCACACGAACACGACACACAGAACCUGCACACACAUCACACACAUCCCGCGAUCAGAGAGAGAAGUGCGGCGUGUGGUGUACUGUGGUGCGUACGCUUGGAGCACUUGUCGGCCUUCCGGAGGGGCACCUUGUGCUCAUACCUGUUGGACACAACCACCACAUCACACGCACACACAGCAUUCCAUUCCCUCUGCGUCACUCGAUGUGUGUGUGUGUGUGUGUGGAGGGGGGGGGAGUAGGGGCUGCUGACUUGUCCUUCUUGAUUUCUGCGAUCUUGUCUUUGGGCGGGUCAUCCUUGCCAGCAAAGACUAACCAACCCUUCAAAUGGGUCGCGCCGUUCCUGCACACACACAGACAGACAGACAGACACACAGACAGAUGCCCACUCUGCCAGUGCAACUACAGACAGCAUGAUGUACACCCCCCCAGUGCAUUAAGUGAACGCACCAGCUGAAGUGGACGUGUCCGUCUUUGUAAGCGAUGCAGGGCGGCUUGGACGGCCGGCCUGACCACCGGAACUUCAGCGCCUGCACACACACACACACACACACAAUGCACCUUCCUUUAUCAUCCGGCCACGUUUUGUGUGCUUGAGAACACACAAACCAACCAACCUGGUAGCUGCCAUUCCUCUCUUCGAACUUCAUCUCGAGCACUUUGUUGCCGUGUGCGUCGACCUCGGUGUAGAAGGGGAUGUUGGUGCGGCCGGCGCCUCCCCAGUUGAUGGCCCAGUUGGGCCCUUUCCCACUCUUAUUACCACUUCCGCCGCCGCCAAGCCGCUGUGCACUUCCCAUUGCAAAGCCGUACGGCCCCUACACAACCACACACACACCAUUCGCUCUGUGCGGGCUUGGGGCUGGCGACAGACAGACCUUCUUGCUGAAAACAGGUGUGGCGCGUCCCUUGCUGAUGUCCAUGUCAUACUCGACAGCCUGUGAGUAGUGGCCCUUGUUUUUGUCGGGCCAGUGGUUGUCGAACAUGGUGAUGCGGUUGGCGGCGGGGGUGCGGACGUGGUGCUGGUACUUGAAGGGCUCGAUGCCGUCCUUCUCGAGGGCGGUGAUGGUGCUGAAGAGGGGGGAGCGGUUGGCGCCUCCGAGCAUCCACUCGACCUGCCCGUCGUCCAGGGAGAUCUUCAGCACCUGAUUGAUUGAUAGACACCCACAGACACACAUGUUCGUUGAGACGGUUUGUGUGUGCGUGUGCGUGUGUGUAGGGUAGUGUUAGCUACGCACGCAUAGAGGCCUGAGGGAGAGGAGAAUGUUGCCGUCUGUGGUGAAGGCGAUGCUGUUGGGGUGCGUCACGUCCAGCUUGCUCUUCUUGCGCUUCCCGAUCCUGAUGGUGUGGGUCGGUUGCCAUGCCAACACAACGCAGAGCAGACAGCCAUGCGGGCGUGGGCGUGGUGUCGUGUGGUGUAGUGUGUGCGUGUCUCUCUCUCUAUGUGUCUCUCACUCUUUGAGCUUGGUCAUGCUGAAUUUGGCCUUGACGAGCUCCGGAAGCGGCCAGGUGUCCGCGGCACGCCUGACAACACCCAUCCAUGCGUCCAUCCAUCCAUCCAUCCACAUGACACGCUGACCAUUCCAUGACGACAUCGCCGUUCUUGUCGGUGACCUGCACCACCGCCAUGCUCACGUCCAUCACGGGCAGCCCCGAACCUGCUUUUUGGCACACACAAAGAGAAAGAGAGAGAGAGACAGAGAGAGAGAGAGAGAGAUCCCAUGCAGCGCAUGUGUGUGGCUGUGGAUGCACAGACUGACUGACCUUUGAUGAAGUGUCCGAGGUCGAUGGGCUGCUCGUCGUAGACUAUCAUGGCCUUGAGGUCCCGGUCGCUGUCGAUGGCUAUGUCGUGCUGAUCGAUUUAUUCGUGGACGGGACGCCCACACAGACACAGACACAGACACAGACACACACAGACACACAGACACACACACGCAGAGAGAGAGAGAGAGAGAGAUGUUUGUUGGUCUGAGUGAGGGUCGUGCUGCGUGUCUCAGUCCGUCACCUGAUCGGCGACGUGGCCGUGCUUUGCUCUGAUUCGCUUGACGAUUUUGUACAUGCUGUUGACUUCGAGCCACUCGCGGGACUCCAGCGUCUCACCCGCACUACACCAACACACACACCCACACAAUCUAAUCUGUUAGUUCUGUGCCUUCGCCUCUCUCUCUCUCUGUGGGUCUGUCUGUCUGUGUGUACUUGUUGUGCUGCAUGGCUCGGUCGUACAGCAGCAGCCUGCCUGGAUGCAGGGGAUACACACACACACACACACAUAUAUCCGUGUGUGUGUAGAUGUAGCAGGUGUGUGCUGUGCACUGACCACGGUCAGUGACCCUGAAGACACGCUGCCGUGAGUUGGUCCGGUACUUGCACCAAAACACCGGCUGCACAAUCAAUGAAGGGAUGGACACAUCGAGACGUGGUGCCCGCGGAAGGCGUACCUCUCCGCUGCUGUCGACCAUCAUCCUGUGUGUGUGUUUUGCCACACCGACGCACACACACACACGGGGCGGGGCGGGGUGUGCAUAAUUCUUGUGUGCGCUUGACGCAGAUGCUUACACGAAUGGCUUGCCGGCCACAACAGUGUCCUUGGUGAACGUGUUGACCAAAGACAGGAAGAAUAUGUAGCUGACACACAGGCAGACAGACAGACAGGCAGGCAGACAGGCACACAUGACGUCGAGGGACACACGCGCACACACGCAAACAAACACUUCCCACACAUACCCUUCGUGUAUGUCCGCAUCGUCCUUCGCGCGCUCCGUUAUCUUGAUGUGCGGGAAGCCCUUCGGCAGUGUCACAUAGCGCUUUGUUCUGCACACACGCACACACGAAGACACGAAGACACACACAUCGAUGGGCACACACAAAUGUUUGCGUGUGUGCGUGUGUGUGUGUGUGUGCGCACGGAUGUCUGGCCGACAUUGUGCCUGCGUGAGGGUCCGCCUCAGUCGAGUUGACCACAUUAUUGAGGUCAGACAGCUCCUGCAGAGGCAUACACACACAGAAAGAGAAACAGACAGAAGCACAUUGAAAUCGGCGUUCGUUCAGGGAUGGGUCGAAGGUUUGCAGACAUACCUCGGUCUUGAGAUUGCGCCGUCCGCCACUCGCCCGGGCGUCAGGGGAAAAAGGCGUGUUGGUAUGGUUGUUGUUGUUUUUGUCGGCUUGUUCGUGGUCCUCUGGGUCGACCUGUGAGGGGGUCAACACGCACACACCAUAGCCACAGACGGGCGUGUUGUCUGCACACCACACACCUGCCAGUCUUCCCUUUCGAACGGACCAUAGUCCCAUCUCUCGAGCAGCCUCACAGACCACACACACACACACACACACAAAGACUCUCGUCAUCGGUGCGUGUCUGGUGGUGGUGGUGGUGGUGGCGGUGGUGCCUUCCCACUCACUCAACGUGAUCCGGUGGCGUGUGGGCGGCGAUCUGAUCUGCUGCCUUCGCCCGUUUGUGUUUGUGCGGGUUCUUCACCUUCAUGUACUUCCCUCUAAACACACACACACACACACGUGUCAGGUGUGUUUCUGGCUGCCCGCCCGCCUCCCACAUGACUUCAGCUUACACGGGUUUGUCGCUGACGGUGAAUGUCCACUUGAGCCCAUUGUACGCCUUGCCACCGGCAGACUCGAUGCCCGGCGACACCUUGACAGUGACCUUCUCCCCUUCUGCGAACUCCUUGUGCGGUCUGAAGAUCACCGUCCGCUUGUCAGCCUGAAAUAAGACACACAUCACAUGCAGAUGCUCACGCAGACAACGCAAUGCGCGCAAGAGAGAGAGAUUGGUACGGUUCUGUGCCGUGCCCUACCGAGGUGUAUAUGCUGCCGCCCAUGAAGCCGCUCUUAUCGCCCUUGACGCGCAGGACGUCCUUGACCGACUUCUGGGAGAGCUUCUGGCCUGCAUCGACAGAUGGAUGGAUGGAUGGAUGAAUGGACGCAGGCGCGUAUUCGUGUGACACAUCACGCCCACGUAUCGACCUACCUUGUCUCAUGGCGAUGGUCGUGACGGGCGACACCCACAGGGCAAAGGGCACCGGAUGCACGUAGCUGAAGUCGCCUGCACACGGCAGAAAGACAGACCCACAGAGCAUGGUGUGGUGUGUUGUCUUGUGGUGUGGUGUGGCGGGCUGACCGACCCAGGUGACCCUUGCCCUUGCCCUUGUCUUUGCCUUUGCCCCUUUUCUGCGCAUCGACCAUCCGCAGCCCCAUGCUGCUGAACUGAGCCCUCCGCAGCUCAUGAGCCGCCGCCUGCGACCCACCGUCACCAGAUUGCAUUGCACUGAGCCCAUCGACCCCCCCUUCCCCUCAGACACGCUUAUCACCUGUUCUGUGCCCCAGCUGGCCCACUGCUCCUCGUCCAUGUCGCCCACAUCCUCGUGGUAGCUGCACACACAGCAGGCACACAGUCGACACAUGUAUCCUCCCGUGAGUGUCUGUCUUUCUGCACGGCUCACACUUCGAUGGGCUGGCCAUCGUCGUCGAGCGGCACAUCAGUGGGGCCACCGUCCUCCCGACCAAAAGUACCUGAUGUGACGCGCGUGACGCACAGAAGCACUCAUGUGUGUGUCUGUGUGUCUGGUGGGAUUUAUCACCCUUGUCGAGUGCCUGAGAUGGGAGCCCCAGUCGCCUUUCGAGGGCGUCCAGGUAGGCCUCCCUCUCCUGCUCCACCCGAACUGUGUCUGCACUACCACAGAGGAGAGGAGGAUACCGACACACAGCGGUUGACUGACCUUCCUGCUGUGGUUCUGGUGUUGUCGUCACAUCUGCGUCGAUGCCGCGAAGAGCCAGAGGGAGGAAGAGGAACAGGGUCCUCUUCAUUGCCAGCCACGUGACGCUGCACUCCCUCUGUACUCC